AUGAAGACUUCCAAAACUAUACCAUCCAAGAUAUUCAAUCAUAUUGCAGAGAAACAAGAAAGAGAAAGGCGAUAUAGGGAGCACGAGGAAGAUAAAUACAGCUCCACAAUAUCCAGUACUUUGUUCGUUAGCCAACCCAAUAAUAUUCACAUACCUUCUGAAUUGACAGUUGAUGAUCAUCGUUCACAGAACAAAAGUUCUAUUGGAAAGGAAAUUAUUAAAUUGAUGCAAGAGCAGAACAUAGGCGUGGUAGCUGAAAGGCUAAAUGCAUACAAAGAAGAAGAUAAGUUCGUUGAACCAGAAAUAAUAAACCAAAUAUUCGAAAUGGCCAUUAAAGGUGAACCUAAACGAGAGGUCUUACCAAAUGAGUGCCAGGCCGAAUUACCAAGAUAUCAGCGUAAUAGGGGGCUACCUUUGGACACCCCAUAUUACCGGUUCAUAUAUGACAAAAUUCCGCAUUUAUAUUAUGUUUGCCAAUCAUACGAGAAGAUAAUGUUCAAUAAUAAAAAGUUUCAAGAGAAUUAUAUCUGGUUAUGCUAUCAUAUGGAUAAUGUAAAUACAUUGCAACAGCUAGUUUACGUUUAUCUAAAACAACCAGAAUAUGACUCUAAAGUGAUAAGUUAUAUUAUGAGUGGUUUUAUACUAAAUUAUGAAGUUGAGUUUUCCAAAACAUUACUCCAGAAUAUAAUAAGCCUAGGAAAACCACUAGAUGCAUCAGUACUUGAUGUAGUCAUUCACCAAUUUAUUAAAGUAGAUUCGUUAUUCGAAAAUAUGGUCUCAGUACUUGAAUCAUGGAUCAAAGCUAAGAACUGUAUGCUGCCAACUCCUAAAACAAUGGCCAACAUCUUAGGCGAAUAUUACAAGUAUGGCACAAAGGAAGAAAUAUGCCUAUUAAAGGGUUUGGUUUCCUCUUUAGGAUACUCUAACCACACUUUGAUAAGACAGACGAAUUUAAAGUAUAGAAUAAUACGAAGAGACCCAAAUAACUUCAAGAAGGACGUAUUGAAAGAGGACAUAAUUGAAUUUAAUGAAAUUGCGAAAGAAUUGAAGGAUAAUAAGGAAGAAUUGAAGGAUUUUUACUAUUCUUUUAUGGUCAUGUUUAGCAAAUACUCGGAUUUGAAAAUGAUAAAAUUUGUGAUAUACAAAAUGCAACAAGAAGGUAUGGAUCUAGAUGAAAAAUUUUUCAGUGUAAUUAGUAAAUAUUAUGCUACACAUGAAAAAUUUUUGCAAUUGUUCAACUUUUUGAAAGCUAUUUCAAAGAACUUGGAAUUUAAUGAGACGUAUUUACGAGAUUUGUUUCAUGGUUUCGUAACUACUUAUCCUCAUUAUGCAGAUGAGUUUACUAAUAAGUUUCACUGGUGGAUUAAAGAAAAUAAUAUGUUUAAAGACUAUGAUAAGGAACGUUAUUUGUCAUCUAUGAAAAUAGUAAGGCUUGAAUCUCAAUAUACCCCUUAUGGCAUUCAUAAAAACAUAUUGGACUCGAAAAAAUAUGAAUCGUGUGAUUGGUCUAGGAUAGCAUGGACAAGGAAUUUGAGAGGUAAAGCAGAUCCCGUUACAGGUCAAGUCAAUUUCAGGGUUACCAAGGGAUUCAGAGAUAUUUUGCGAAAAGGUGUUAAACCCGACUAUAAGGUAAUUGAAAGAACAUUUAGAAGGCUGAAUGCAGAAAAUAGACGUAAGUUAUUUGACUUAUUGGAUACUAUUAGGCUUCCUUCUACCAAGCAACAAAAAUUAUCUAUCUUAGAUCUACAAGUUGACACUACCAAGUCGAGGCUCUUCAAAUAUUAUUCGGAUGGAAUCAACCACUUAAAUUCGAAUAAUAGAAUUUUAUUGGGAAGGAUUUUUUACAAUAACGGAUUGCAUCCUCAAGCGACUACCCUUUUAAAUGGAACAAGGUUGGAAGAGAUGAAUGAUAGAUCUUAUAUGGCUAAGCUCAACAUCCAAUUGCGUAAUUACAUGGCGUGCCACGAGUAUUUUAAUAUGAUUGAUACAAUUCAGCAAUUUCCUAUAGAUGAUAUUGUACUAAGCCCGUACAUAUAUACACAAUGUUGUUAUAUAGAGAAAAAGUUGAUGCAGAAAUUGAAAAUUGAAGAACUAAAAGAGCAGCAAAAUAACUUACAACAUCACCGAGAAAAGACUUACAGUUAUGUUGCAGCAAAUGGAGAAUUGAUAGAAAAUGCCCCAAAACUUGGAAUGAAAUUGCCACCACCACAGUAUACUAUAGUCCCUGCAUUAAAAGCAUUGAGGGGGCUUAUUGGUGAUAUAGAUGUUAGACUAACCAAGGAUAGAACGGAUAUUAUGAAUGAAAUUCAGCAGAUGUUCACAUUUUUAAAUAGGUGGAUAGCUGAUAAAGGAGAUGAACGAAAGAUAUAG